AUGCUUAGUCCCUCUAGCCAGAAGCUACACCUGGAAGUCGACCGCUUGGAACAACUGAAGUGCCAGAACCUGCAGAAGGUGGUGGAGGCCAUUCGGGCUGAGCUGUCCGCUUACUGGGACAAGUGCUUUUAUGGGGAAGAGCAGAGGCGCUCCUUUGGCCCGUACUAUGAAGACACCUUUACUGAAGAGUUGUUGCAGCAACACGACAAAGAGCUCAUGCGACUGAAGCAUUAUUACGAGACACAUCAAGAGCUGUUUGAAGCAAUCCAGAAGUGGAAGAAGAGCUGGUGUCUCUUUCAGGAGCUCGAGAAAAAGGCCACUGAUCCAAGUCGCUUCACCAACCGAGGAGGCAACCUCCUGAAAGAAGAGAAACUGCGUACCAAGGUGCAGAAGACUCUUUCCAAGUUGGAAGAGGAGCUGAGGGUCCGGGUUGAGCUGUGGGAGCAAGAGCAUACUCAAGACUUCCUAGUGAGCGGGCAGCGCUUCAUGGAGCACGUGGCCGAGCAGUGGCACCUCCAUCAUCUGGAGAAGGAGAAGGAAAGGCAGGAACGGCAACUCAAAAAGUCCCGACAGACGGAGGAGGAGAUGCUCUAUGGCAGCACCCCCACCAAGAGACGGGCUUUGGGCAUCACCACACCUGGCAAAGCACGAAAGCUCAACACUACCACUAUGACUCCCAACAGCACCAUCCGCUCGGCCCUGAGAGGUUCGGUGUUAAACUCCCCCGGAUGCCACCCACCCCUGUCUGGAGGCAAGCCUGUCCGGACCCCCAUCCGUGUGGUUACCAAGACCCCUUCCAAAGGCCAGAUGGAGCGCAACAAGGAGAACGUGUCUCCCAUCAACAGAACAGUUCUGAGCGGUGGGUGUACCCCGACAGCCCCUGCCCAGCACAAUGGCAGUAUUUACUCUAUUGCCAGCACCUAUUCGGCAUUUGCGGUAAUUCCCUUCUCCCUCUUCUUCCCCUUUUGCCCUUCUGUCCCCACUGGUUCUGGAGCUAGAAGCAGCCUGCGAGAGUUGCCAGAUGGCUGCAUUCCCUGCCCAAACUUGGGCUGGUCAGCCCUUGCCCAGGGGCUGACUUUUGGGGCUGGGUGGGUCCCACUUCCUUUUGCUGCUGCUUCCCCAGCCUGUGAAUGACAGCGAAGGAGGGGCUGCUGCAUGCAGAAAGACAGGGCUCCAUGGCUGGAAGCAAGUUUGGGCAGGGCAGCCCACAGUUCUGCCUCCCUCUACCCAGUUUCUUCCCUGCCGCUGCUUCCACGCCCACCAAAUGCCCCUCUGAACACAGCACCCUUGUUCUUUUCCCUCCCCAGCGCGCAUUUUCAGAGGCUUCCAAAUCUGAGCACCCGUCCCACGUCCUCAACUCCACGGCUUCCAAUCCUGACGGCUGAAGGGGGGCUGUUACCAGCCCUGGACCCUCUCACCAUCCAGGGUCCGGCAUGAACUUGACCUUCUAGGGCCUGGUUUAUGCUGCCACUUUUAACUGUUUUUAAUGAAUUGAUUUAAUGAAUUGGAAGUUUUAUGUUACAGGGAAUAAAGGUCUAGAUGCAGCAGCUGUUCUGGGCCCAGGCCUGCUGCCUUGCUCAUGGGGGAGGGGGAGGGUGGGCAGGGGGGAGCAGGCAGAAGUUUGCCUCCCUCCUUUCCUUGGGCAACUUUGUCCACCCAGGCCUGCUUUUCUGUUGAUGGUGUGUUCACCUUGGGCACAGGAAGGGGAGACACUACAGGGAUCAAUGAGGAUCCAUCACUUUCCUCUUCACCGACUGGGCCCUCUAAGAGGCUGGCAUCCCUGGCACUUUGACUGUACCUUUAAUGAUCAUGGCUAAAUUUGCACCUCCUUCACUACAGCAGCCUCUUAUUUAUUUGUGUGGCUAUUCGCUUGCUCAGAGAUGUAGGUGAGCAGCAAAAAAUCAGUUCUACUGUUUUGAAAAAGCUUUUUUAAAAUUUCUGACUUUGCUCUACAUAAAAAGUUAUUUUAUUCUGCAUUUAAUGUUGUACUUCUGAUAUGUAAACAUUCUUAGCUGUGCUGCCUUUAAGAAACAUCUGUGCUGCUCACCUCAGAAGAAACCUGCAGACACAUACACACCCCACCCAAGUUUCUCGUUCAUGUCCCGAAAUCAGGAUGGAACUCUGUGAAGCUGCUCAACCUCCAGAGAAAUGUCUGUUGGAUGUGGCCACAUCCUGGUGCCCUAACUGGGGAAAAAGUCGGCCCCACAAAAUCUGGCCAAGCCUCCCAAGCACCUUACCUCCCUCAGCCCCAGGUGUAGCACCUGAAAAGGAAAUGAGCAGCGCGAGGAAGCAAGGGCUGCAAUGGGGACAGUGGGUAGUGCUGUGAAGGGUAGGCUGGGGAGCCAUGUAGCCAUUGGGGGCAGCCCUGUGGGGAAAAGGGUGUGUCAUCUGGAGUGGGCAAGGUCACAGCCACACCUCUGCCUGGCUGCCCACCCGCCCAGGAGGGGGCAGUGGGCCAGGCUUCCAGUGCAGCCUCCCGCAACAGCACAGGGGGAGCGAGAUGACCCGUUGCAGGGACGUGCCGAGGAGUUUAACGGUUAUCUAUACGAUAAAAUCGUUCAGCUUCGCGACGGUCUGGACCAGAAUUGCGGGGAUCUGGAGGGGGCGUCGGGGCGGUCUUGGUGACAUUGUCUGGGAUGAGUUUGACCCUGUGGCUCCCGAGGACAUGGACAGGUUGCUGGGUAGGUUGAACGCCACCACGUGUUUACUGGACCCGUGCCCCUCCUGGUUGGUACUGGCCACUCAGGAGGUGACACGAGGCUGGCUCCAGGCGAUUACGAGCACUUCUUUGUUGGAGGGAGUCUUUCCGGCCGCCUUGAAAGAGGCGGUGGUAAGGCCCCUCCUCAAGAAGCCCUCCCUGGACCCGGCUGUUUUAGGUAAUUAUCGUCCGGUCUCCAACCUUCGCUUUGCGGCGAAGGUUGUUGAGAGUGUGGUGGCGUGUCAGUUUCCCCAGCACCUGGAGGAAACUGUCUAUCUAGACCCGUUCCAGUCCGGUUUCCGGCCCGGAUACAGCACUGAGACGGCUUUGGUCGCGUUGGUGGAUGAUCUCUGGAGGGCCAGGGAUAGGGGGUAUUCCUCCACCCUGGUCCUAUUAGACCUCUCAGCGGCUUUUGAUACCAUCGACCAUGGUAUCCUGCUGCGCCGGUUGGAGGGAUUGGGAGUGGGAGGCACCGUUUAUCGGUGGUUCUCCUCCUAUCUCUCCGACCGGUCGCAGACGGUGUUGACAGGGGGGCAGAGGUCGGCCCCGAGGCGCCUCACUUGUGGGGUCCCGCAGGGGUCGAUUCACAUCUAUAUGAAGCCGCUGGGUGAGAUCAUCAGUGGCUUCGGUGUGAGGUACCAGCUCUACGCUGAUGAUACUCAGCUGUAUUUUUCCACACCGGGCCACCCCAACGAAGCCAUCGAAGUGCUGUCCCGGUGCCUGGAAGCCGUACGGGUCUGGAUGGGGAGAAACAGGCUCAAGCUCAAUCCCUCCAAGACAGAGUGGCUGUGGAUGCCGGCAUCCCGGUACAGUCAGCUGAGUCCUCGGCUGACUGUCGGGGGCGAGUCAUUGGCCCCGAUGGAGAGGGUGCGCAACUUGGGCGUCCUCCUGGAUGAACAGCUGUCUUUGGAAGAUCAUUUGACGGCCGUCUCCAGGAGAGCUUUUUACCAGGUUCGCCAGUUGCGCCCCUUUCUAGACCGGGAUGCCCUAUGCACGGUCACUCACGCCCUUGUGACGUCUCGUCUGGAUUACUGCAAUGCUCUCUACGUGGGGCUCCCCUUGAAGGGCAUCCGGAGGCUGCAGUUAGUUCAGAAUGCGGCUGCGCGGGUGAUAGAGGGAGCCCCUCGUGGCACCCACGUGACACCUCUCCUGCGCAGACUGCACUGGCUGCCUGUGGCUUUCCGGGUGCGCUUCAAGGUGCUGGUAACUAUCUUUAAAGCGCUCCAUGGCAUUGGGCCGGGCUAUCUACGGGACGCCUGCUGCUACCAAAUACCUCUCACCGACCCGUGCGCUCUCACAGAGAGGGACUCCUCAGGGUGCCGUCGGCUAGGCAGUGCCAUCGGGCGACACCCAGGGGAAGGGCCUUCUCUGUGGGGGCCCCCACCCUCUGGAACGAACUCCCCCCAGGACUUCAUCAACUCCCGGACCUCCGAACCUUCCGCCGCGAGCUUAAAACACAUCUAUUUGUCUGCGCAGGGCUGGACUAGGUUUUUUAAAUUUAGAUUUUAAAUGGGUUUUAUUAUAUAUAGU